UUUUCCCUGGGGGCAGGAAGCCCUAGGAAGAGGGGUCCAUAGGGUCCCUGGGGGAUCUUUCCUCCCUCCCCUGCAUGAGGCAGAGGCAAACUGCCUGCCAACCCCCUCCCUCAAGGAAUGGCCUUGCCUGGGAAUGCCCACCACACACACCCUCUUCUUUUUUUCUAGUCAAACUCUGUUUACUCCUUGGCCUGCCUUUCUCCUUCCUCCCCUCUCAACCUUUACUUCUGAUUUGUAUUUCAUGGAAUUUGGGAUUGAAGUUCAAUUACAACAGUGCCGACAACACCAAGUCUUGCAGGAAAAAAAAAUAUAAAGAAAUUUAACAAAAAAAAAAUAUAUUAAUAAAAAAGUUCAAAAAAGGGGGGGGAAUUGUCAUGUCCUUUGGGAUGCGGUGGCUUCGAAUCCCAGCUGAGGCUCUCCGGGCGAUGAGAAGCACUGUGCGAGGGGCCUCCCGGGGUACCCCAGUCCUCUUUCGCAGUCUCGCCCACCGUCCCUUCGCGGAGAGACGCUCCUUCCCCUGAAGGCCAAAGCCCGAGGCCAGAGGUCGGGGAACCCAGACAGCGCGGCAGGGCGCUCGGCAGGGGCGGGUCCCGCGAUGGGGGCGGGGAGAGGGACGGCCGCGGCCGAGCACCAACCCCCGCGCUGCCCCGUACCAGGAAGUGCUGGGGGGAGAGGAGCGGAGUGAGAAGCAGGUGAGGCUGGCGUUAGGGCCGGCGUCCAGAGGAGGGGGCGAAGGCCGCCUGACACGCGAACGGGGGGAGGAAAGCUGCGGGAGCGCUAAGCCCGGGCCGGGAAAAGGAGGCAAUGGCAGAGCUAGGGAUGGGGGACCAGGUGGGGCGACGUUGUGGGGGUGGGGAGAGAAAUAGGCGGGGCUCCGGCGCAUGCGCAGUAGGGAAGGGCGCGGCGUGGGGCUGGGCGCCUGCGCAGUGGGGCAUCUCCGUGGGCGCGGAAGGGGAGCGGCGUUGGUAGACCACGUGGAGAAAGGUCGAAAUGCACUGUGUUCGUGUAGCUGUGAGAGCCGGACUCAGGAGAACUUGGCACAGAGCAAGCCUGGGAAGAAAGGCCAGGUGCUUAAGGUCAGAGGUCUAAAGCCCUCUAACCCCCAGGAUGGUGGUGACUUCUCUGAAGCUUCAAGAUCUAAUUGAGGAGAUUCGUGGGGCCAAGACCCAGGCCCAGGAGCGGGAGGUGAUCCAAAAGGAGUGUGCCCAUAUCCGGGCCUCCUUCCGUGAUGGGGACCCUCUGCACAGGCACCGCCAGCUAGCCAAGCUGCUCUACGUCCACAUGUUGGGCUACCCCGCCCACUUUGGACAGAUGGAGUGCCUGAAACUGAUCGCCUCCCCCCGAUUCACAGACAAGCGGGUGGGCUACCUGGGGGCCAUGCUUCUACUGGAUGAGAGGCAGGAUGCCCACCUGCUCAUUACCAACAGCAUCAAAAAUGACCUGAGCCAGGGGAUUCCAGCAGUACAAGGCUUGGCCCUGUGUACUCUGAGCUCCAUGGGCUCUACAGAAAUGUGCCGAGACUUGGCCGCCGAGGUAGAGAAACUGCUCCUACAGCCCAGUCCCUAUGUGCGCAAGAAGGUGAGCUGUCAGGGCGCUAGGCACUUGGGAAGGGUCUCAUCCUGCAGACCCUGUUCUGCUCUGAGUGCCCGAUCUCUGCAGGCUGUUCUGACUGCAGUGCAUAUGAUCCGGAAAGUCCCUGAGCUUGCCAACAUCUUCCUCCCACACUGUGCCCAGCUGCUUCAUGAACGUCACCAUGGCAUCCUGCUGGGCACCAUCACGCUGAUCACCGAACUCUGUGAACGAAGCCCUGCAGCCCUCAAGCACUGUCGAAAGAUGGUUCCCAAGUUGGUGCAGAUCCUCCGGACUCUGGUGACCACAGGAUACUCGGCAGAACACAGCAUAUCUGGAGUCAGUGACCCUUUCCUGCAGGUCCAGAUACUUCGUCUGCUUCGGAUUCUGGGCCGGAACCACGAGGAAAACAGUGAGACCAUGAAUGACCUGCUGGCCCAGGUGGCCACCAACACAGACACCAGCAGAAAUGCAGGUAACGCAGUCUUGUUUGAGACGGUGCUCACCAUCAUGGACAUCCACUCUGCUGCUGGCCUUCGGGUUCUAGCUGUCAACAUUCUUGGCCGUUUCCUGCUCAACAAUGACAAGAACAUUAGGUACGUGGCACUGACAUCGUUGCUGCGACUGGUGCAGUCUGAUCACAGUGCUGUGCAGCGGCACCGGCCCACUGUGGUAGAAUGUCUGCAGGAAUCUGAUGCCUCCCUCAGCCGGCGGGCCCUGGAACUGAGCCUGGCUCUGGUGAACAGCUCCAACGUGCGGGCCAUGAUGAAAGAGCUGCAGGCCUUUCUGGAGACCUGUGCCCCCGAGCUCCGGGCAGACUGUGCCUCAGGCAUCCUGCUGGCUGCAGAGAGGUUUGCCCCAAACAAGCGCUGGCACAUAGAUACCAUCUUGCACGUGCUGACAAUGGUGAGGUGGGGCUGGGCUGAGAGCUGGGCAGGAGAGGGUUGGGGUCAUCCACGCACUAGCCACAUUCACUCCUUUCAGGCAGGCACCCAUGUACGAGAUGACGCGGUGGCCAACCUGACACAGCUGAUUGGAGGCGCCCAGGAGCUGCAUGCCUACUCUGUGUGCCGCCUCUACAGUGCCCUGGCAGAGGACAUCUCCCAACAACCACUGGUCCAAGUGGCAGCCUGGUGCAUCGGAGAAUAUGGGGACCUCCUACUGGAGGGGAGCUGUGAAGAAACUGAACCCCUUCAGGUGGGAGAGGAGGAGGUGUUGGGACUGCUGGAAAAGGUGCUCCAGUCCCAUAUGUCCCUGCCAGCCACCCGAGGAUACGCCCUCACAGCCCUCAUGAAGCUCAGCACCCGGUUUCAUGGGGACAACAACCGCAUCCGCCAGGUGGUGUCCAUCUACGGGAGCUGCCUGGACGUGGAGCUACAGCAGCGGGCCGUGGAGUAUAACACACUGUUCCGGAAGUAUGACCACAUGAGGGCUGCUAUCCUAGAAAAGAUGCCUCUUGUGGAACGGGGUGACCCUCAGGUUGAUGAGGAAACAAAGGAAAGCAAAGAAGCAGCCCCACUUUCUGAAGUAGCCCCUAUCCCCGCAGAGCCCCAGGCCUCAAAUCUCUUGGACCUGUUAGAUCUUCUGGAUGGCACUUCUGGGGAGACCCAGCAUGUGCCACCUCUGAUCCCUUCCCCAGGUGAUGCCUUGGCACACCUCCUUGAUCUUUCCUGUGCACCUCCACCCCCAGCUCCCAUCCCCAGUCUCAAAGUAUUUGAGCGCGAAGGACUACAGCUGAAUCUGUCUUUUGUGCGACCCCCUGGGACCCCUGACUUGCUCUUAAUCACAAUCACUGCUACCAAUGCCUCAGGGGAUGAUGUCACCCACUUCAUCUGCCAGGCUGCUGUACCCAAGGGUUUACAGCUGCAGCUACAGGCCCCCAGUGGGGACACAGUUGCAGCUCAGAGUGGCCUUCCCAUCACCCAGCUCCUCAGAAUCCUCAACCCUAACAAGGCCCCCUUGCGGCUCAAGCUACGCCUCACUUACAACCACUUUGGCCAGUCCGUGCAGGAGAUCUUUGAGGUGAACAACUUGCCUGUGGAGACCUGGCAGUAACCCCAUCUGUAUUCGCAGCCUGAAAUCCUCCCCAUCCCAAACCCUGGGGGCCCUAGCACGGGCCCACACCCCGGGGCUACCAGCAGGUGGCACUCUGGUACUGUGGAUGCCACUGUAGAAACUCAGGGCCUGCCCGCAGCCCCAAUAACGAAAACCCAAUAAACCCUGAGGGGAAAGGCCGAAUUUGGAUAUAUUUGAGGGAGAGAAGUCUGAGUAACAGCAGGGGGGUGCGGUCUUACAGAGGAAGUGCAUAUCCUGAGCAGCAGGCACCUAGUCCAACAAAGGAGGGUUUUCUUUCUACCCCUCUCCAGGUUGGGGGAAAGCACACUACUGGCCCCUAAACUUUCACAAAAGGCACUUCUCCCUCUGGGACAAAGCAGGGCGCUUUGGCCAAAUCAAACCAGAAUUUCUAGGUCUCUAACAGGGAUUCCCACCUAUUUCCCCAGCCUGCUGCUAUUCCCUACAGCCCAAGGCAGGGAAAUCCCUGCUGCCUCCCCUCAUCUCUAACUCAGCUGUAAGGCGGUUUAGGAGCCUCUGGCAGAAUCAAUGGCAUCGACCAAGGGAGGGGGGGUGGCAAGGGAUUUUCCUGUGCUUAACUACUGAUCACGGCUAAGUGGAAAUCCUAUAAACACGAGCGGAAAUCAAUGGAGGCUGCUUAGCGGCCAGGGGAGAGGGGCGGCCCACAGAUUGCAUCUGACGGAUGAGGGAGAGGAGGCAGCCAGGGAGGGCUCAACGAAGGAUAGCUGAGGGUAGGUAAAGGAACAGGCAGAGCUGGAGAAGGAGUCACUGUGGGAAGGGAAUCUGUGGAAGAGGCAUAGCCCCCGGAAUGAAUCCCCUUAAACCCAGAGCUCUCUGCAUCCAAGGAAGUGACACCCUAGUCCAGGCUAUAGUCAGGA